AUGGAUAUUAGCCUUUUUCCUAAUCCACGUCCAACUAAUCCUCCUAAUGAUGAAAGACGAAUAAAGGUCAAUAUUAUUAGUGAUGGAAAAACAUCGUCUUAUAUUAUAGAUGAUUUAGACAAAGAUAAAACUUUAAAAGAUACUCGAGAAUGUUUAUCUUCAACUGAAGAAAUCUUAAUGGGUUGGCAGAAUUCCGCCUUUCGUAAUAAAUUAAAAAGAAAAAUUCCUCUUAGUCAGGAGGAUAAAUAUAAAUUAGAAGAUAUCCUAGUUUCAGAAGAUGAUUAUUAUUCCCUUACAAUUGAAAUGAACCAAUUACCAAGCUUCCCAAAAAUUAAACGACAACAUAAUAUAGAGAUAGGUUAUAAGACACUUGCUGAUGGUUCAAUAAUUGCGGCAGAACAACGUGCAUUUGUCAUAAAAAAUUCACAUUUGAUGAGCAUUACUCGUAGUUGUAAUUUCGAUUGUAUUUGUAGAAUGACAGUUAAAAACUUUGAUGCGAUAUGGAUAAAAAGUUUUGAAGACGGGUAUGGUUUUUCGGAUAACGAAUCAGAAUGUGAAAGUGAGAGUUCGGCAUUAAAUGAGUGUACAAUUAAAUACUGUGAAAAGGGUUCAAUUAUGUUGUCAUGCAAAGAUUUAGAGGUAACAGAAGAUUAUAUUAAAGCUAUUGAAGAUGCUUUGGAUGAAGAUUUAAAUGAUACACAAAAAAUAGAGGCUUUGAUUGAAAUAGGGAAAACCUUCGGUUUCUUUUGGGUACAGGAAAUUAAGCUUGGUGGAAAAUUCAUACAAGUUGUUACUCAAAAUGGUGAGAGACGAAAUAAAACAGUUGGCGGUGAUCACGCAAAACAUCAAAACACAUCAGACUGGCUUAAGAGUUUGGAAUCCUGUAAAGAAUGGGAAAUUAUUGGUUAUGGUACUAAAUUGCCACUUUAUUUAUUAUUGCCUGAAGAAUUGCAAUCAAGAAUAAAACGCCUAAAUGGAAUGAAAGUACGCUACUCAGAUGUUUAUAGUAUCAGUAUAAUAAGAUUACCUGUUAUUGAACCAGUUCCUGUACCACCAAGUAUCUCAAAUCUAAAAGAUUGUAAGAUAUUUGCUACAAUUCUUAACAAAGCAGACAGAAAACCAUAUAAAAAUGUCUUCUCAAUUCGUAUUGAUUACUUAAAUGACGAAACUCCAUUCUUUGUAAUUCAUCGCAUUGGCAUAAUCCCUCGUAAUCUUCCACAAAUAGAUCUCAAAAUACAUUGGAUGAUUGUAGGAUACGAGAAUGAUCUUCCAAUAGAACCAUUUUUGAAUAAUUCUUUUAUUAGUAAUCUCUGGACUAAGAGCCAAGAUGAUAGAAAUAUUCCACUCCGAAGACCUAUUUCUCAGAACCAUUGUUGGAUAACCACUGUUACUUUGCACUGCAAUAGAGUUAAUAGAACCAAUGGUUAUCAAUUUGCUCGAUCAGGAGCUCAGAUCAGUUGUCAUCUUUCUCAAUCUAAUGAUGGAAUGACGAUAAAUAAUGAGACCGGAGGAUUAAUUUGCGUUAUUGUUGAUGGCCCAACUAAUUCACAUUGGAGAAAUAGAAAUAGGUUUUUAGGUCAUGAUCGUUGCUUGUUUACUGGUAGAUGGCAUUCAGAUAAUAACGAUAAUUUCCAGUUACCUGAUGAAGAUGAUCAAGAUGAUCUCAUUUUUUCAAGUCUUCUAUGUCCAAAUCAUCCUGGGCAAGGAUGUAAUAAUUUAUUUUUAAAUAUUAAUCCAAAAUAUCCAAUUAUUAAAUCACCAAAUAAUAUGAAUAGCAAUCCUAAUUGUUUGGUCUCUUACAUUAUAUUGAGAAAACCGUAA